UGUUUUGUUUGUGUGUAAAAAUGGUUAUACUUUGGGGCUAUGUUUAGAUCAUUUAUCGCGGUAAUAAAAUAAACAUUAUUUUCGUCACCUUAGGACGGAGUAAAAUGAACGCUACGAGUCUUUACGUGUCAACAUGUCGGUUGGUUUUACAAGCGGAUGCUGAAGAUCCUAAUUCUUGGACAGACUUGUAUAGGCUAGUUCCGUAUUUGCGGCAGAGCUUGAGUUGUACAGUGUGUUCGAAUUUGUUGAUCGAGCCGCAUACACCGACUGAAACCAACUGUCAACAUCAUGUGUGUCGUGGUUGUAGGGGUGGUCGUAAAAAACUCAAACCAUCGUGUAGUUGGUGCAAGGAUUAUGAUAAAUAUGUUGAAAACGUCCAACUCCGGAUAUUGUUACAGUGUUAUAAAAAAUUAUGUGAAUACUUGACUAGCACUAAUAUUUAUCGGAGUUUAAUACUCUCCGUGUCUUCCAAUACAACAAGCAAUGGUCCAUCAGCUAUUGGUGCUACCAGUCUUAUGGAGCUCAUACAAGAAGGGACUGGUUUUAAAGAUGAAUUCAAAAGUACUGCUGGUUUAUCCAAAUCAGCAUAUAGUAUUUUACCUUGCGUUUACACUAGUACUACCUCUACUCAAACGCAAGGGAAUACUAUGUCAACUUCUGAGACUAUGUCACCAAACAUACCUGAGUCUCCUACUAUCCGUACUGUUUCUAAUGGAUCUUCUAUAUAUUCGGUGAUGUACGCUGGAUCUGGUAACAAAAUAACAAUAAAACGUAAAGCAGCAGCCACAGAAGAAAUAGAAGUCGGACAGCAGGAAUUGGAUGGAACUCAACAAGGCUCUGUAGGAGGGGUAAAAUGCAUUCCAUCUACCCAACUUAAAUAUGGGCCCCCUUCUCAGAAAAAAUCUUCAAAGGGCAGCAAAUCGUCAGGCAGUUUUAAAAAGCCAAGAUCGAGUUCUACCAGAAGCAAAAGAAAAGGAUGCAGAUGCGGUAAUGCUACAGCUAUACCUGGAAAAUUAACGUGUUGCGGUCAAAGAUGUCCCUGUUAUGUUGAAAGUAAACCAUGCAUCGAAUGCAGAUGUAGAGGCUGUAGAAAUCCUCAUACAGCUGAUGGUUUAAAGAUCCGCCCACAUAUACCGGAGCUUCAUAAUCUACAAUUACAACUAUCAACUCCUUUAGAUUGCGACGAAUUAAAUUCGGAUCCGUUAGGAUCCGUGUCGCAAUGCUUAUCAACGUCUCCUACAACUAUUCAAGUAUUAAAUGUCUAUUCUACUCCAAGACUCGAUAUUGAUAAUGUUCCACCAAAUUUACCUGCAGCAUUAUUGGUAGGAGAAGACGCUAUGGUUAGUACUGAAAGUGAAGCCGAAGACAGUGAUAUACAAAUUGAUGUGUGACAAAGUGUUUAAAUUAAAAUUAUGCGUUAUACAUGACAAGAUUAAUAGUUACGAAUAGUUCAUUAGAAUUGAUUUAAAUUAAAUAGCUUAGACGAUAUGAUAAUCGUUAAUAAGCUAUUUUAUCUCUAUACGAUAAAUAAGAAUUUUUUUAUUUCUAAUUCUCACUAAUCCUUUCGCUACGAUGGAAUUUAUUGUAUGCUAUAGUUAAAUGAGACAAAAUAUUAAUAUUUAUAUUGACUAUAAUCCAUAGUAGCGAAAGGGUAAAUCAUUUGAGUCCCAAGUAGAAUGAUCAUGCUCUUCAAAUUUCUUGUCAAAAAAUGUUAUAUUAUUGAAAUACAAUCCAUAAUUUGGUACUUGUUGAUGUGAUUUUUCUAAAGACUGCUGGGACUCGAACGGUUAAUAGUUGAUAAUUUAGAUAUGAAAAGAUAAAUUUUGUACAACAGCAUCAAUAACAAACAAAUGUUUUUAUGAUUAAAUUUUUGUUUAGUUAGAAAUUAAUGAAAUGAAUUACUGUUUAAUUAAUAUCAAAUGAUAAAAAAUUAUAUUCUCUAUUUAAAGAUUACCAUUGUUAAAGAAAAUUUAAAUAAUUCGAGCAAUUAAGUCUAGUUGCAUGUAUAGUAUAAAAAAUAAGUUCGAAUGAGACUAUAAUGCUUUUGAAUUUCAUCAUAUAUAUUAUUCUUAGCAUAAUAAACAAAUUGUACUUGAAAAAGAGAAAAGAAUUAGA